UCCGGUCCUCAGAAGCUCCACGUUGCAAACAGACGUUGAUGCAGAUUUUAUACCGAAUGUAAUGUGUUUAAGAGACUUUUAAAACACAUACAAAGAGUUAGGUUAUCCCUGGAGGGUGAUUUGUCCGUGCUUUUAUCCGUUACACCGUGUUUUUGUUGCCGUUUUUUGUUCGUAGCUUUUUAUACCACGUUGCAAGAAAGAGUGAAGAACCAGGACGAAGAGGAGAGAGAGAGAGACACAGCCGGAGAAGGAGCUCUGAGAGCAGCAUGGAGGAGAACAAAGAGACCCCUGGAGCUCAGAAACCGAAAGGAAGGGAGAAACUUCACAGCUGUCAGCAAUGUGACAAAUCCUUUACAAUAUCUGGAGAUUUAAAGCGCCACCUUCUUAUUCACACUGGAGAAAAACUGUACAGCUGUGAAGAGUGUGGGACAACAUUCAAUCAAUCAGGUGAUCUAAAAACACAUCAACGUAUUCACACAGGAGAGAAACCGUACAGCUGUGAAGAGUGCGGAAAAAUGUUCACUACAUCAGGUAAUCUCAAAAAACAUCACGUUAUUCACACAGGAGAAAAACCGUACAGCUGUGAAGAGUGUGGGACAACUUUCACUACAUCAGGUAAUCUCAAAACACAUCAACGUAUUCACACAGGAGAAAAACCGUACAGCUGUGAAGAGUGUGGGACAACAUUCAAUCAAUCAGGUGAUCUAAAAACACAUCAACGUAUUCACACAGGAGAGAAACCGUACAGCUGUGAAGAGUGUGGGAAAACGUUCACUACAUCAAGUUAUCUCAAAACUCAUCGAUUUAUUCACACAGGAGAGAAACCGUACAGCUGUGAAGAGUGCGGAAAAAUGUUCACUACAUCAGGUAAUCUAAAAAAACAUCACGUUAUUCACACAGGAGAAAAACCGUACAGCUGUGAAGAGUGUGGGAAAACGUUCACUACAUCAGGUUAUCUCACAACGCAUAGACGUAUUCACCGGGGUGAGAAACCGUACUGGUGUGAAGAGUGUGGGAAAACAUUCACUUCAUCAAGUGGUCUCAAAACACAUCAACGUAUUCACACAGGAGAGAAACCGUACAGCUGUGAAGAGUGUGGGAAAAGUUUCACUCAGUCAGGUAAACUAAAAUCACAUCAACGUAUUCACACCGGAGAGAAACCGUACAGCUGUGAAGAGUGUGGUAAAACAUUCACUACAUCAGGUUAUCUCACAACGCAUAGAAGUAUUCACACGGGAGAGAAACCGCACAGCUGUGAAGAGUGUGGGAAAAUGUUCACUACAUUAGCUAAUCUCAAACAACAUGAACGUAUUCACACGGGAGAGAAACCGUAUAGCUGUGAAGAGUGUGGGAAAACGUUCAAUACAUCAGGUUAUCUCACAACGCAUCAACGUAUUCACCGGGGUGAGAAACCGUACUGGUGUGAAGAGUGUGGGAAAACAUUCACUACAUCAAGUGCUCUCAAAACACAUCAACGUAUUCACACAGGAGAGAAACCGUACAGCUGUGAAGAGUGUGGGAAAACUUUCACUCAAUCAAGUAAAGUAAAAUCACAUCAACGUAUUCACUCAGGAGAAAAACCGUACUGCUGUGAAGAGUGUGGGAAAACAUUCACGGAAUUAGGUAAUCUCCAAAAACAUCAUAGGGUUCACAAUGGAGAGAAACGAUAGUGGUGUUAAGAGUGUAGUAAAAAGUUUUCUCAAAGUAUUCACCUUAAACUCCACGAGCGAAUCCACACUGCAUCGUUUUGAACAACUAAGAGAGCCAAGCUAGCUGUUUCCUCCUCCUGAGUCUUUCUGAAUUGAAGUCUGACUAACAGACUUCAAUUUACAGAGUCAGUCUCGCUUUAUGUCCCUGAACAAGCCCUGAGGUCCUCCUCAGCUUUUUAAAUAUCACUAAAUUCCCCAAAAUAAAAUGGGUGAGGCUUUUGGCCUCUGCUUACUUUUUAUGCUGAUUUUCCUAUUCUUAUUCUCUGAAAACUUCGAGCAGCGGCUCCUGGACAUUAA